AUGUAUCUCUCGUCAUCUUUGGAGCUACAGCCUGACAUGCCAAACGUGUGUGCCGAGCAGGAGCUGUCCAUGACAGGCCUGCGGCAGCCGUGUGUUCAGGCCUUCACUCGGAUGGUGAAGAUCUGGAAGCAGGGCUGCAGCGGUCAGCGGUGGUGCGUGGGGUAUGAGAGGAGAACAGGGUACUAUACAGCCUACAGACAGGUAUACAACAUGGCCGUCCACACAGUGUACAGGUGCUGUCCGGGAUGGACACAGCAGGGAGAGGAAAGAGGCUGUCUGCACAGGGUGUGUUCUGCAGGUACAUGUUUUAAUGGAGGCAGGUGUGCGGAGAGCGGGGCCCAGGUGUGUCACUGUCCAGCAGGGUUCCAGGGAACUCGCUGCCAGUACGAUGUAGAUGAGUGCGCGACCGGGAACGGGGGCUGUGGGGGUCAGUGCUGCAACACCAUCGGCAGCUUCUACUGCAAGUGUCUGGAAGGCCAGCGGCUUGCCCAGGAUGGCAGGGCUUGUCAGGAUGUGAAUGAGUGUGAGGAGCUGAAUGGUGGCUGCCAGCAGACCUGUGUGAACACUGACGGGUCGUACCAUUGUGAAUGCGGCGAGGGGUUCCGCCUCCACGCCGAUGGACGCACGUGCAUCGCGGUGAACUCCUGCUCUGUGAAGAAUGGCGGCUGCGAGCACAGGUGUGUGGACAUGGGCGAUAAUCACUACAAGUGCGAAUGCCGGCAAAACUACCAGCUAAAGAGAGAUGGCAAGCAUUGCGAAUUGAAGGAUCCCUGUGUGGACAGGAAUGGGGGCUGUGCACAGAGAUGCAGCAGUGAGAAUGGGCUGGCAGUCUGCAGCUGCAAUCUGGGGUACAGACUGGCUGCGGACAGCAAGGGCUGCGAAGACAUUGAUGAGUGCAGCUCGGGGCAGGCCAAGUGCGCGCACCGCUGUGUGAACAUCCUGGGCUCCUUCAGCUGCGUCUGUAACCCUGGGUUUGAGCUGGGAGCUGACGGGAAACAGUGCUACCGCAUCGAGAUGGAGAUCGUCAACAGCUGUGAGAAGAACAAUGGCGGCUGCUCCCACCACUGCGAGCACACCACGAACGGCCCCCUCUGCUCCUGCAACCAAGGCUACCAGCUGGCCGAGGACAGGAAGAACUGCGUCGACAGUGAGGAGUGUGAGAGUGGGGAGGCCUGCUGCAGCCAGUACUGCAAGAACUACCCUGGGGGCUACGAGUGCAGCUGUAGGGCGGGGUACAGGCUCAACGUGGACGGCUGUGGCUGUGACGAUGUGGAUGAGUGUCUGGCUGAGACGUCUGGCUGUGACCACUUUUGUGUCAACACCCUGGGGAGCUUUGAGUGUCUCUGUCAAGUGGGCUUUCGCCUGGACUAUGACCAGCGCUCAUGUGUUCCUCUGUACGACACCGACCUGAAUGAGGAUGAGGAGGAUGAGGAGGAGGAGGGGGAGGAAGAAGAGCUGGAGGUGCUGCGGCUGCCCGACCUGCUGUUCCGCAGACCGCCGCAGCUCCUGCACUAUACUGCGGCCCUGCACUCGCCCUUCACUGAGGAGGAUGAGGAGGGUGGCCAGCAUCUGCGUGGGGAGCUCUCCCUCGCCAGCAAGAUCGUGUGCUUGGAUGACACUUUUGGGGAGGACUGCAGCCUGACCUGUGAGGACUGUGAGAAUGGGGCCCUGUGCAGUGUGGAGAGGGACCGCUGUGACUGCCUGCCUGGGUGGACUGGGAUUGUCUGCAAUGAGACCUGUCCGCAGGGGACUUUCGGCCCCGCCUGUAACAGUAUCUGCCGAUGUCAGAACGGAGGCUCGUGUGACCCUGUGACUGGAAGGUGUCGCUGCCCCCCGGGGGUCCAGGGGGUGAUGUGCGAGGACGGCUGCCCCCAGGGGUACUUUGGAAGAUCUUGCCUGCGAAGGUGCAACUGCCCCAACAACGGUCGUUGCCACCGGCUGUAUGGGGCGUGCCUGUGUGCCCCGGGGCUGUACGGCCGCUUCUGUCACCUGCCAUGUCCGCGGUGGAGCCACGGAGCAGGCUGCUCUGAGGAGUGUGACUGCGUGGUGGAGAAUUCCCUGGGAUGCGACGCUAAGGAUGGGACAUGCACAUGCAAGCCUGGUUACCGGGGCAACAGGUGUCAGCAAGAGUGCGAGGUGGGGUUCUUCGGCCCUGGCUGUGUGCAGCGAUGUGACUGUGCCGUUGGAGUGACAUGUGACCCCCAGAGCGGACGCUGUGCCUCGAGGUGUCCCCCAGGAUUCCAUGGGGAUCGGUGUCACCAAGCCUGUAGUGCUGGACACUUUGGAGAGAACUGUCAGCUGUCGUGUGACUGUGGGGGUGCACCAUGUGACCCCAGGACGGGCCAGUGUAUCUGUCCUGCGGGGAAGACUGGGUCGGCAUGCCAACAAGAUUGUGCAGAGGGAUUAUGGGGCAUCAACUGCCAGUUCCCCUGUCCCUCCUGUGAGAAUGGGGCAUCCUGCAACAAGGACACAGGUUACUGUGACUGUGGCCCAGGGUUCACUGGAGAGUUCUGCCAGAACGCCUGUCCCAGCGGGAGCUAUGGACCGGGCUGCACGCACCCCUGCAGCUGUCACCCCGAUGCCCGUUGUGACCCUGUGACAGGGGAGUGCUCCUGCCCGCCCGGGCGCACUGGCCACGACUGCAAGACAAUGUGUGAAGUGGGCUUCUGGGGUGCAGGAUGUGCCAAGCAGUGCCAGUGUGCCAACAGUGCCCUGACCUGUGACCCCGUGAGUGGGCGCUGUGCGUGCGAGGCAGGGUUCACCGGGGACCGCUGUGAGCAGAAGUGUUCCAAGGGCAGCUAUGGCCCAGGCUGUGAGCUGAGCUGUCAGUGUGAGAAUGGGGCAGGUUGUGAUCAUGUGAGCGGAGCCUGUACCUGUUUGGCUGGCUGGGCCGGGACCUUCUGUGAGAAGCCGUGCCCGGACGGGUUUUACGGCCUCGACUGCGGCCAGAUGUGCGAGUGCAGGAACGGUGCCCGCUGUGACCACAUCACAGGGGCCUGCCACUGCUCCCCAGGCUGGGCUGGAGCCCAGUGCACUCUGGCCUGUCCGACGGGGCACUUUGGAGAGAACUGCAGCCAGACCUGUGACUGUGACAAUGAUGCCACCUGUGACCACAUCAGCGGGCGGUGCAGCUGUGUGGCCGGGUGGACAGGUCCGCGGUGCCAGCAGCCUUGUCCUCCUGGGUCAUAUGGAGUGGACUGCAGUCAGCUGUGCCUCUGCCAAAAUGGCGGCUCCUGUGAUCACGUGACGGGUCAAUGUUCCUGCCCUGCUGGCUGGACAGGGUCGGCCUGUGAGCUGGAGUGUGAGGAGGGGUGGUACGGGGCCGGAUGCAGGCAGACCUGCAGCUGUCUGAAUGGAGGCAAAUGUGACAGACUCACAGGGCAGUGUACCUGUCAGCACGGCUGGACCGGGAGUCACUGUGAAGCAGCCUGCGCAGACGGUUACCAUGGCGAACGAUGUGAGCACAAGUGUGACUGCGAACACGGGGAAACCUGUCACCAUGUGACAGGGAGGUGUCAGUGUGACCCGGGCUGGAGGGGGGCCAGGUGUGACAAAUCCUGUUUGCCGGGGUAUUUCGGUGGGAGCUGCACCCAGCAAUGCAUUUGCCCGGCUGGGGUAUCCUGCCACCAUGUGACAGGGGAGUGUGGGUGUCCUGCCGGGUUUACUGGGAACGGCUGCACAGAGACUUGUCCCACUGGCACAUUUGGUCAGAACUGUACGAACCUGUGCCAGUGCUCCGGAGUCCAUGAACAGUGUCACCCAGUUACGGGGAAAUGCACAUGCCUACCUGGCUACUACGGAAACCACUGUGAACUCAAGUGUAGAGAGGGGACCUAUGGGUCAAACUGCAAGCAGAGAUGCAGGUGUGUCAAUGGAGGGCGCUGUGACGCCUCCACAGGAGCCUGCGAAUGCCCACCAGGCGUUGUUGGAGCUGACUGCAGCCAUGGUUGCCCAGCCGGACGGUAUGGAAAGGACUGUGCCCGGGUGUGCUUCUGUGGCGAGGGGGGGCGCUGCCAUCCAGUGACAGGGAGGUGUUUCUGCGCUCCAGGCAGAAUGGGACAGUCCUGUCAACAAGCCUGCCCGAGGGGGCGCUAUGGAGCACAGUGCCGGAACACUUGCGCGUGUCAGAAUGGAGGCAUCUGUGAUCCCCGUGAUGGUGCCUGUCAGUGCGGGCUGGGCUGGACAGGGCCACACUGUGAGAGAGCAUGUGUCUCAGGGAAAUAUGGUGCCAACUGUGAGCUGGACUGUCCGUGCCAGAACAACGGGACAUGUGAUCGCUUCACAGGGUGCUGCCGCUGCACUGCUGGAUACUACGGCCACUCCUGCCAACACAAAUGUCCAUCCGGACUUUUCGGACCGUCCUGUGCCCGCCCGUGCGACUGCAAAAACGGCCAAACAUGCGAUCGUGUGACCGGCCAGUGUUUGUGUCCUCCUGGCUUCCAUGGUGCUCAGUGCCAGACACGCUGUGAGGCAGGCAGGUUUGGGGUGGGCUGCCAGCAGCAGUGUGACUGUGAGGGGGCGGCUCCCUGCCAUCCCAUCACAGGACAGUGCCUGUGCCCUCCUGGGAAGAUGGGAGAUCGAUGUGAGAAAGAUUGUGAAGGUGACCACUUCGGCCCCGACUGUUCCCUGGAGUGUCGGUGUUCGCGUCAGGCGCGCUGUGACGCACGUAAUGGGCGCUGCAUGUGCCCCGUCACCUGGAUGGGGCCCACCUGCGCUGAAGGGGGACCCCCAGACCCUGCCCUGAAGUACACCCAGCUCCAGGGGGGGCGACCUGACGGCUCACACUCCUAG